GGCUCUCACUAUCUCAGCUUUCGUUUUUGCUUUGCACAUCUGCAGGUUUAUGUGACUUGUGAUUAUUUCUGUGUUGCAGUGGUUCGUGAAGAGCGAUAACCAGUGAAUGAUGGAAGGGAAUACAAAGACAGACUGAUAAGCAAUUUACCCCACCACAUAGUCCUCCAUAUCCUCUCCUUCCUCGACAUGAAGCAUGUUGUUCGGACCAGCAUUUUGUCCAGAAGAUGGAGACACCUUUGGAAAUCUCUUCAGUACCUAAACUUUGACCACAACCUAUUCUCUUCGAUUUCGAUCAGACAGCAAAGUAGGAAAAGAGAGCAAUCCUUUACGAAUUUUGUGUCCAGGGCACUCUUCCUUCGUAACCACAGAACUGACAUAGUGAAGUUCAAUAUCUCCUGUGAUGAACAUUGUUGUGUUGACAGCCUCACUGCAUGGAUCCUUGUUGCGAUAAGCCAUAAUAUUGAAGAAGUUCAACUUCAAGCUUUUCGUGAUAUAGAUAUUCGAUUACCCCGUGAGAUAUACAUCUGCAAUUCCUUGCAGACGCUGAAGUUGAAGUCUAAUUCAUUCGGACUUUCUACUCUUACUUUACCCGGUUCAGUGAGUUUACCUCUUCUCAAAUACCUAUCUUUUGAAUCAAUUAGUUUCAUAAAUGAGAAGUCGAUAAGCAACUUCCUCUCGGGGUGUCCCGUCCUGGAAAAAUUAUUCUUUCACUACUGCAAUUUCCGUCCUUUGAAGUAUCUCCUCGUUAGUUCUCUUUUACUAAAGGAGUUGGUUAUAGAAAGUGAUGACGAUUAUGACAGCGAGUGCCACUUCACGAUAGAUACACCCAACCUAAAGUAUUUCAGGUGCGGAAGAUCCAUAAGAAAUGAGUAUAUUCUACUGGACAUGCCUUCUCUGGACAAGGGUAACAUUGGAAGGAGAAUUAUAGAUGAGAUGGAUUUUAUAUAUAAUCGCAUGGAAUCGGACAUGGCGAUGGCCAUGUCGAUACUUGGGUCGUUCAGAGAAGAAUAUGCUCAACGCAUGAUGAAGAUUCUCAGAAGUCUUGGCAAAGCAAAAGAUCUAUCCUUAUCACCAUGGGCGGUUGAGGAAUCAUUUUAUUCCAAAAGCGAUACAGGAAAACCGGAACCAGAGUUCACAUCGUGUCAUCUCAAGUCUGUUGAGAUCUCAAAUUUUCUAGGAUGUGAGAAUGAACUCCGGUUUUUGAGGUUUUUGUUGAAGAAUGCAAUGAAGUUGGAAAAAAUCAUAAUCACUUCUUCAAAUCUGGCAACUGUUAAACGGAAAAGGAAAUGGAGGACUAUAAAAUCAUUUCUGCGUGACUCUCCUAGUAUUAUGGCUGUCGUCACCUAA